CAUCUUCCUCCUCGCUUCUUCCGUCUCUUCUGCGUCCUACGACCGUUGAGUUUCGUGUCGGGAAUUCUCCUCUUUUGCGGCACGCCACUUUGACGUCCCAAUCGCCCUUGUGCCGUCCCGACCAUUCACCAGCGACCUGAGAUUGAGCGGAUUGGCCCACAAGAGAUCCCACGGUCGCCGGCCCCGAGACCACCACCAGCGAGAGCCACCUAGCCUGCCGCCGCCGCCUGCGCCUGAAGAGGACCACCACGGUAGCUAGACAUAGACCACACACACUGUGACUUGCCCGGACCCCCGUUCCCCAUUUCCUCCUCCCAUCCCUACGACUACUUUAGCACUGCACGCUUUCCUGUUGCGACGUGGACCGGAUCAUCAUUCCCACCACCUCUCCAACUACUUGCCUGGACCACCAACACCACCUUGCCUCACUCUAACCUCGACGUCCACUCCUUGCAACCAGGCGGCGACCACCCACGAACCACGACAACACUCUCUCCGGUCUCUACACCACGACACGACGCGACACCACAUAUACCGCCACAUAAACUCUGGUGGGACGAUUUGGCACAUAAUCGACCAUCACCUACUUCUACACGACCAAGGCUGUUGGAUCCUUGGAAAGCGGGACGGGAGUGCACCCGCGCGCAACUGAAGCCUUGCCGUUCCCGUGGAACUCAGCAGCAGCAGCAGCACCAUCGCCACCUACCAUCGCCGCCGUCGCGAUAUCAUUUCGAGAUCCAGCCUUGCCGGGCAGAGAUCUGGCUGCCUGCCUCGACCUUGCAUCUCGCAUUUGACACCGAGCACCGGCCUUUGACGGGACAUCGGGGAUAUCGCUUGUCAAACGCGCUCUCAAAAGACACUCACCAAGAAAGGGGAUCGUGCAACAGAGACCAUCUAUCGCUGCACCCACGUGCAUCUCCGGCCACACACACUAAUCUUCAUCCCCGGAAUAUCUCACCGCGGUCGCCCAGCCCCCGAUUCGGUCGCUGCAAUUUCUCCCAGCUGCACCUCACCCGCCUUUCAGCUAGAACAUACUUCUAGACUGUUUCGCUCUUCUGGCUGUCGUACUUCCUCCACGCUCUGCACAACAUCCGUCUAAUCGGUACCGACACGCUACUUGCUGCGCCAACAGCCCAGGCUCCCCCGCCUGUAUCGAGGUACUUGACAUCUUUCUUACCAGCCUGCCCCUGUCUGUCUGUCUGUCUGUCUGUCUGUCUAUCUAUCUUCCGCCCCCCCAACGCGUGCCGUGCCGUCGCUUGUCGACGUCUCAGAGUAUUUUCCUGCUACCACCGCAUCGCCUUUUCGACGCCAUUGACAUGUUCUCCGGCAAUCACCUCGCCAUCACUUUACCCCGAUUUCAAUACACGUCCGCCGCCUGCCGGGUUUAAGCGCAUCGCGCAGUCGUGGCACUUGCUCCGUCGUCAUACACACGACCCAACUCUAUUGCUUUCAACUCUUGCGAAUCCCGCUUCUCGCCCCGGCAGACUCUCUGUCUGCCCGUAAUAAUCAACCAUGAACAUGAACAACAUGGGUAACAUGGCGCAGAUGAACGCCAUGGGCGGUCCCGUCGGCGGCGCCCCUAUGCCAAUGAUGAAUAAUGGCGCAAUGCCCGUCCGUCCUCAGCAGCCCCCACAACCUCAACCGCAACAGCAACAACAACAGCAGCAGCAGCAGCAGCAAAUGCAUUUUGGGGCUGGAGCUAUCGAUGGCGGCCGUUCGUUGCUCGAGACCUACAUCUACGACUAUUUCAUCCGCCAAGGCAUGUACGACGUUGCCCGCACAAUGCUACAAAAUAACCCUCAGAUCAAGACGGACAAAUCUGCGAGCCCUGGUCAAAACUUGAAUGGCCUGGGUGACGAUCCCAUGGAUACCGACUCAAAGGACAACCUGGACCAAAAGCGUCCCGACGACCUACCCCCAGCUGCGAUUCCGAAUUCCUCGACAAGCAAUAACCCCUUUCUGCUCGACUGGUUCUCACUGUUCUGGGAUAUGUUCAACAGCCAAAAGAGCAAGGGCCCUGCUCUUGUGAACCAAUAUGUGCAACACAACCAGAACCAGUCCCGCAUGCGUCAGGAACAGAUGCUGCGGCAAAUGCGUCCUGACUACGCCCACGUGCAAUAUCAGCAGCAAAUGAUGAGGAACAUGAAUGGUAUGGGCGGCAUGAUGAAGCCCGGAAACCAGCUGCCACGGGCAGCCAUGGCGAACAGCCAAAAUCCCCAAGCCAUGCACAUGCUUCAGGCACAGAAAGCUGCUUCAAUGCAGCGAGAUCCCUCGGAUAUGGAAGGAAACCGAGUGAGGGCGGCGUCGCCAGGAUCGGCAGACAACGCGCCAUCCCCAUCCAAGCGGCCACGUCUCGAGGGGGCCCCCUUCAACCCCAACGCGGGUGUCAUGGUGCCCAAUGGCAGACAGAUGCAAGGCAUGCCAGGCCAGCAGCAGCACCACGGUAAACAGAUGCCCACCAAUCCGAUGGCGAAUGCUGGCGGUCCGCAAAACCAGGGCUCUCCUAUGCUGCCGCAGGGACCCGAUGGCCAGAACAUCAACCAGUUUUACAACCAGGAAAUGGGCGCCGGAAACAUGCGAGCUGGGCCUGGUAACGGCCAGAACGGGUCAAGUAACCAUGCCCUUCAGGACUACCAGAUGCAGCUGAUGCUCCUCGAGCAACAAAACAAGAAGCGUCUCAUGAUGGCUCGACAGGAGCAGGAUGGGAUGCCACGACCUGAAGGCCCCAACGGUCCAGGCGGACCUGGCGGCCCGGGAGGACCUCAGGGACCGAAUCCUCAAGGCUUCCAAGGCAAUUCGCCACCUGGGCAGCGCAAUGGAGCAUCACCUAACCCUUCGGAGCAGAUGAAGCGUGCCAACCAGCAAUUGAACAACCCCCAGAACAUAGGUUCCCCUCUUCCGGAUAGCGCCCAGAACCGCAGUUCACCGAAUCCAACGAUCUUUAUGGGCGGCAACAUGGAUCCCAACGGAGGACAGCCCCAUUACGGCAUGAACAUGAACAUGGGCAAUCAGAUGGGAGGCGGUAUGCGUCCACCGAACGCACACCCAGGACAGCCCUUCAAUGGCCAAAUGAACCCACAGAUGAUGGCUGCCCAACAGCAGCGUCAAGCACAAAUGCAACAGCAGGCUCAGCAGCAAGCACAACAACAACAGCAACAAGCCCAACAAGCGCAGCAGCAACAAGCGGCUCAACAGCAGCAAAACCAAGGGGGCCCUAAUAUGCAAUGGCAGCAGCCUGGACCCAAUGGCCAGAUGGUUGGUCAGCCUCCUCAAGCUCAGCAGGCUCAGGGUCCAGCGCAGCAGAGAGCCAUGCCGCCACCUUCUGCUCCCCCAACGGCAGCGGCGAUGACCAACGCUGCCAACUCGAGGAACGCGACGUCAUCUCCUCAAGUCACCAACGCUGCUCCUCCAACCCCCAACCAGGGCAACAAGCCGGCACCCAAGAAGAAGGAGACCAAGAAUGCUAAGAACAAGGCUGCUACGCAGAAGAAAUCCAAUCAGAACCUCAACGCAGGUGUUACACCUGCUGCAGAUGCCGACCAGCCGCAAGAACCUCCGGCGCCGGCCACUCCAAUCACCCCAGUCAACCCAGCUAGUUUCAACAAGAACCAAGUAGGCAACCAGGUUGUACAGAAUGGACAGCCGGCUGCCCCGGUCCCGCCGCCCUCCGUGCCUCAGGUCGCCGCCCCGCCACACCCGGACCCGACCCAGAACAACAAUUUCGCCGAACCAAUGAUGAACUUCGAUGUUGAGUUUGCCAACCCACUCACGUCAAACGAUGUUCUGAACGACUUUGAUUUCGACUCCUUCUUGCACGAUAAUGACAAUGGCGGAGAGACUUUCGACUUCAAUGCCGGCGUGUUUCUGGAUGGCAACGAGAUCGGAACGACGGAGUAGAAUUCCGUCUUACCUUCUGGUUCUCCCUGAUCCGUGCGGGCCGGGGUUUCUGGCAUCGACAGGCGCAUUAUUUCAUUAUGGACACAUGCAUGGAGGCGUUCAUGGAGACGAUGAAUCGCGGCUUUGGAGCUGGUUUGGCUUCUUGCUUCUGGGUAUUACUUGGUACUUUUUCUCUUGAAUUGCGUCUGGUCUUAUACGCUCUUCGGAAUAACUUACCGCUUUUUCUCUAAUUUCGCUCGUCGGCGAUGAAUCUGGUGGAAGCGACGUGCUCGCACAAAAAAAGACGGAGGAGGAAGGAAGAAUAUGAUGGAUUCGUUGUUUCUCAAAUGUUUCAACGCUCACGCAGGGUCAGCAUGCCUAGUUGGCAUUCUUGUGUGGUCAUCUCUCUUCAAGGCUUCUCUGGACAUUUUAGAGGAUUUUCCUUAUGGGGACAGGAUAUGGCGGAUUGGAACCGGGGUCGACAUUUAUACCACCACCCAUUUUGCCAGUCAUAUUGAGGGACUCAUAGAUGGGGAUUGAGGAACACUUUGGUACCCUCUUGUCUUUUUGUUACUCCACGUACCUCUUGCUUUUACAAUUUCUCUUCAUUGUCCCCUUCCAUGUUUGACUCAUUCGCUCGCACGCGUACUGCUCUCUCUAUAUUAGGCCUGGUUACCACCACUUACUGCCUUCUUUGGCGGAUUUGUUUGUUCGUCAGCUUGUGUUCUUUUUUGUGUAACUUAAAUCUUUUUAUUCACGCCAUUGCGAAUUUUCCUUCUUCAUUCAGUUUUCUCCGCACUGCACCAAAACUCAUCUUCGGUAUCACCAGGUCGUCGUAUGAGACGGGAACAUAAUCGAAUCGAUUGGUUCUUACGCGCGCAAAUGCAAGGCAAAUGGGCACCAAUGUCUCUCCUUCCUUGAGGUUGAGCGAGGUGUUUGGCUGGUUGUCAUUCAAAGUUACUGUAUGUCUUGUGCAUCGAUGUUUCCACUUGGUUUGGCUGGGCAUUUGGUGGUGGUGUAGUUGGAUGGUGGUGGCGAUGGUUAAACCGGAGUAGUUCACAAGCAUAACAGUUGACGGACGCCGCUUGUAUUUUUGUUGGAUGUCACUCCUUGGAUGUCCCUUGAAUGGUUGUGCGAUAAAUCCGCUCAGUACAGCCAAGUACACGCAUUACAAAAAAAUAACGAGGACCACAAGAAGAUGGCUAUCACGCAUUAGUCAUGCUUUUCUGUCUCGACUUUCUCUAGAUUCGCCGUGUCCUUCGUGUAUUUGAU